AUGUCCUUUUUCAUCUUGAUGACAAUUCUAUUGACAAUAUUUUGUCCAGCAACAAGUGCGGGAUUGAUCGGAGAAGUGAAUUCACAAGAAGAAAAUACAACAAGUGGAAUUUCUAUAUUGACACUUCCUAAUACUCAAUCAAUUGUUGGAAAUUCAACAGUUGCCUUUUCAGUGGUUAAAUUAUCGACCAAGUAUACUUUGAGUGAAAAUGGAUUUGUAAGAUUGGACCUUAGUGGACUUUUAAGGGGAGAUUCGAAUUUUAAGGAAAUUUACUUGACAAGCGUUUAUCCAUUUGAAUCAAAUUCAUUGGAAUUUGAUUAUUCAUUCAAGAAGGAAGGUCCUUAUUCAUCUGCUACUUCAAAUAUUCCUGCAAGUUCAACAAUUAUUGCUCAGAUUUCAAUUCCAGAAAGUUUACAAUCAUCUGCAUUUAUUUCACUUUAUAUGGAUAUUAAGUGUUUACAAACAAAGUGUGAUUUCCAGGUUUCUAUUGAGGAUGGAGUUUCUGUUGCUAUAGGAGCUGUCAUUGGCUCCAUUCUUGGUGCAAUUAUUUUGGUAAUUAUUGGAAUUAUGGUUUUGGUCAUUUGGUUGAGAAUUUAUUCACCAAAAUAUAGGACUGAUGAGGAUAAAGUUAAAUUAACAUCGACACAUGUUUAA